CGACGACGUCACUGCCACCACUUUUCUCAUCAGUUCUUAUCAGCGGGCGUAUGUGACCCGUUAGGUUUCGAGCACGUUGGAAGGCCGGUAGUACUGCUAGUACUAGUCUUUGCAGACAGGUUGGUUGGACGGCAAGAAAGACUGGCGCUUCGGUAGCUCGGGUAGGUACAGGUACUAAAUUGGCUACACCAUACGUCUACCAGGCAGGACAAGCUGUUCAGGCUGCGCUUCAGUCACCACCACCAAGCAGCCUGACGAACCUCUCAAUCAUCGACAUCCCGCAUCCCAUGUCCCAUCGAGGCCAGAGUUUGGGAAAGCGUUUGCAGAUCGCCGCAUUCACAUCACCUUAUAACCGUGCAUUGGAUCUGCAUCAGAAUAACCACUUCGCGUCUUGUUUUUCACAUUUUCAUAUUGCCAGUUUACCUACCUAGAGGCUCCAAGGCUCCAUCCGGCGCCGCAACACCAUUCAGCCUCAUCCAGCUUCGCGUGCUAGGCGGUCGAGGGCGUACACGAUACAUACGACAGAGCCAGAAGCAUAGAUCGUAUGUCGGACCGAGUUGGUGACAGGUUGGACUAGCACGACAGCGCCUAUCUAUGACAUAUAGCCACUUACUAGAGCGGUGCCAUAGUAGCAUGUGCUUGGUUCUCCAGGCCUACAAGAUUGAUCAACAAGAGCACGCCCGACAAGACCUGAGCCAUGGACCUGAACAUUCAGCGCUUUCUCAAUGACAAGCUAUAUGACAAGCGCAAGAUCGGGGCACUCGACCUAGAGCGUACCAUUCGUGAGCUGAUUGCCGCCAAGGACUACGCCAAAAUCGAAGCCAUCCUCGACCAGCUUUGCAAUGACUACGCAUAUGCUGUUCAUCAGCCUCAUGCACGCAACGGUGGCUUGAUAGGCCUGGCUGCCGCCGCAAUAGCACUCGGCCCACAGGAGCUUCCCAAGUACCUCGAGGUCAUUGUUCCUCCCGUUCUAGCUUGCUUCACGGACCAGGAUGCUCGGGUAAGAUAUUAUGCCUGUGAGGCUAUGUACAACAUAGCCAAGGUGGCCAAGGGUGAAAUCCUGGUCUACUUCAAUUAUAUUUUCGAUGCCCUCUGCAAAUUGGGCGCCGACUCUGAACUCUCUGUCAAAAAUGGUGCCGAACUUUUAGAUCGCCUAGUCAAAGAUAUCGUUUCCGAAUCGGCCGCGACCUAUGUUUCGGUGCUGGAGCAGCCUCAGGAGUUCGACGGAGACGAUAAGAACGUCAAUGACGAACAGUUGGACUUGCCCACUGCAUUUUCCUUGAAACGAUUCAUCCCCCUGCUGCGAGAGCGCAUCUUCGCCCUGAACCCCUUUAGCAGAACCUUCUUGGUUGGCUGGAUUACUCUGCUCGACUCGAUCCCUGACCUUGAGCUCGUCACCUACCUGCCAGAAUUCCUCGGUGGACUUUUGCGUUUUCUGAGUGACUCCAACCGAGACGUUCAUGUUGCUACCCAGGCUUGCCUGGACAAGUUCCUGGCUGAAAUCAAACGCAUCGCUCAAGUCAAGAAGGGGAUAACCGAGAGCAAGAGGUCUAGAGAUGCAGCAAGGCGAAGCAGAAAGGACUCCAUCGGUAGCCGCGGUGGCCGCUCCCUUGAGGAUGGGGACGAGGUCGACUCCAUAACGGCAAACGAGGAGGACGACGAUGUGAGCAGCGAAGAUGACUGGGUCCCCGGACAGGACGUGCAAAUCAACUACAAGGCCAUCCUGGAGAUACUAACCGCCACUCUCGAUUCGCCCCUAGAAGAGGACGGACUUCUAGAAUCGCUACGCUGGAUCGUCGAAUUCCUCGAUAUCUGCCCGGAAGAAGUAUUGCCAUUUACACCCAAGAUACUGGCGCAUUUACUGCCGGCUAUGGCUAGCGGUGUUGAGUCUAUUCGCCAAGCCGCCGCCAGAGUCAAUAACUCGCUGAUGGACUAUGUGGUUUCUCUUUCUGACGAAGCAGAUCUCGUAUCCGCCCCGCCGGCUCCUAGUGAGCAGCUGAACGGAAACGCGAGCAAUCGGGCGUCUUUGUCUAGUUCACGAGACCUCGACCUCCGCAGUCCGACACCAGCUCAGGGAAGGCCAAACGAACGCGCCCCUACUCCCGCAGUCGCAUCUCAGGCAACACCUCAGGCAAUACCUCAAGCUGACCUUGACUAUGUUGCUGCCGUAAACUCGCUGACACUGUUGUUCCUGAACGAUCACGAGGCGACCCGUGUUGCUGCCUUGACAUGGUUGAUCAUGCUGCACCGAAAAGCACCCAGAAAAGUGUUGGCUUUCAACGAUGGGACUUUUCCAGCCUUGCUCAAGACCCUGUCCGAUCCUGCGGAAGCAGUCGUUACCAAGGACUUGCAGCUUCUCUCGCAAAUUUCGAGAAACAGUGAGGACGAUUAUUUCUCCAACUUCAUGGUUAACCUACUGCAGUUAUUUUCGACCGACAGGAAGCUUCUCGAGACGAGAGGCAACCUAAUAAUCCGUCAACUUUGCACAAGCCUCAGCGCCGAGCGGAUCUACAGAACAUUGGCUGAUUGCAUUGAAAAGGAGGAAGACGUCGAGUUCGCGAGCAUAAUGGUGCAAAACCUUAACAACAACCUCAUUACUGCGCCUGAAUUAGCGGAGUUGCGAAAGCGACUCAGGAACCUUGAAACUAAGGAUGGCCAAACAUUCUUUGUAGCGCUUUUCCGAUCAUGGUGUUACAAUGCAGUAGCAACUUUCUCGCUCUGCCUGCUGGCGCAGGCCUACGAACAGGCUUAUAAUCUCUUACAGAUAUUUGCCGAGCUCGAGAUGACGGUCAAUAUGCUCAUCCAGAUCGACAAGCUGGUUCAACUACUGGAGUCGCCGGUUUUCACUUAUCUUCGUUUGCAACUACUCGAGCCGGAAAAGUACCCACACUUGUAUAAGUGUCUCUACGGGCUUCUGAUGCUUUUGCCGCAAUCCUCGGCCUUUGCGGCCCUAAAAAACCGCCUCAACAGCGUCAGCUCUAUCGGCUAUCUUCACAUUGCGCCUAGACCCACUGCUACUACGCCAAGUGCGUCCACCUUUGACCGCCCCAAUCGACUCAAGGGGAGAGACGACAGCAUCAUCCGCUGGAAUGAAUUGCUAGAGAAGUUCCGAUCAGUCCAGGAACGUGCCAGGCGCCUUCAACGAGGAGAUGAAGACGACGCGUCAUCAGCGUUGAGUGAUCUUAAGAUAGGAGGAGGCGAGACUGCAAUGGAUGCCAAGGGCACUGGGAGGGAAGGGACAGGAGGGCGAGCGCCUCCUGUUCCGGCCAAGGAUCUGCCCGCGGCGGCGCCUCCAGCAAAAACCCGAACGCUUGGAAGGCCUUUUGGGAGACUCGGAGGGGCAGUGGCAGGUCGAGGCAAGCGAGCCCAGCAGUGAAUGCCUUUAAAUUUGAUGUUCUGAUCUGUUUGGUUUCACACGCGUCUUGGUCUUUGUGGCUUCGGCAUGCAUGCGUCCUUUCGUCGAGUUUGUCUCUGGCGCUCAGCCAUUUCAAUGCAUUUGAUAACAGCUGACAAGAGCAGACACCAUGCUUGCGUGUAAUGUAAUGGUACCCCCCGACGACGAUGCGGACAUGGAAACAACGAAUUGGAAAGAUUACGAAAGUGAGCCUGACGUGAUUUACAGAAGAGAAGAUGGGCUCUGGUCAGUCUGAGAGGCAAGAACAAGAAAGGGGUAGUACGAAUGUUUGAGACAGGUUCACGGGCAUAUUGCAUUAUGGAGGGUGAAGAGCGUUGUCGAUACACAAUAGAACUAAACGAAUAAGCC